UCAUCCUCUAUGAGAUGCAGCAAGUAAAGUCCGACUUCCAGAACAGUCUGUCUUCCAUCACUGUGAGAAGUUACAGGCCAUCUAGACCAGUUUCUGACUCAAUAAAGUUCUUCAAAGUUAGCCUUGGGCGACCAACAUGUUUCUUACAUAAAUCGGGUGACCAGAACAGGAGUUUUCCGACUGGUUCAAUACCACGAGCCACAUGGCCGGCAAGGAGUAGUUGGCGUUGUUUAACAACAGAAGUAACAUUUGGUAAUGAUCCAUGUAGCUGACUAGUAAUGGCUCAUAGUAUACAAGCAAAUAGGUCACUGUUUGUGGUACAAAAUGUAUUCUUGAAUAGGACGCAUACAACUUGUAAUAACAUAUAGUGCUCACCAAAAUAAAUGCCCUUCUGCAAAAUUAAUUAAACCAACAUGUCUUUUUUAAAAUCAUAUCUUUGCUUUUAACUAUAAUAACAAGCUAACAAUAACAUCUAUAGUUGUGCAUAAUUCUGAAUCCCACGUGCCACCCAGCAAACAUAUAGUUAAGUCGUUAACGAAACAUCCCUUACAAAAUGAUCUCAUACCAGUAAUGCUCACAAUAUCCCUGUGGUUACAACAAAAACUGGUCAUUUGGAUUUGGAAGGAAAUUCCGGUCUCCCAAAACAGAUUGCUCGGGGAGCCAGCGGAAAAUUUGGUGGGAUUUUUGGGCCAGUAUUGCGAGAGUUGAGAACGACAUGCAAACAAACACUGCUGCUAGUAGUGUGGGAGACACAACUCUGACCUUAGGACAUUCAGCCACGGAGAGGACAGAGGCCAUCUUUGUAAGGGAGCUGGUUGGGAACAACCCAUCCCAGCGGAACUGGAAGGGCAUCAUCAUCGCCCUACUGGUCAUCCUCAUCGUGUGUUCCCUCAUCGUCACUGCAGUCAUUCUGCUAACGCCAGAUUCACACAUAAACACGAAUCCCAAGUUUAUGUUUGACGACCUGUUUGACGACUCUUGGAAGGCACAAGGUGUCUCAUUGAAGUGGAUCAGUGGAGAUGAGUUUGUCUAUAGGAAUGGAAGUGAUGCUGUUGUCAAGUUUAAGGCUACAGACAACUCAUCUACUGUCAUCAUUAAAAAUGACACCUUUAGUGACAUUGACGCCUCCCGAUACAGAAUCUCCGCUGACCUGCAGUACGCACUGCUGAUCUACAAUGUUAACAAGCGAUACAGACACUCUUUUGCAGCAAAGUACUCAAUUUUUAAUGUCAACACAAAACGAGCAUCAGUGGAACUCAAGCCCGACUCCUCCAUGAGGGAAGCCACACUUCAGCUCGCCAUAUUUGGACCUAGAGACCAUCAGAUUGCAUUUGUUUACAAAAACAACAUCUAUUACAAGAACAGUUAUGCCACAGAACCUGUCCAGCUGACAUUUGAGGGACAGGAGGGGGUGGUGUUUAAUGGCAUCCCAGACUGGGUGUAUGAAGAGGAGAUUCUUCAGUCCCAUGAAGCCAUGUGGUUCUCACCCAACGGUACACACAUCUGUUUCGCGACUUUUAACGACUCCGCUGUACAAGACGUGGCUAUUCCAGACUACAGUGUAGAGGGCAGUUACUACGCCAUCCGUAAAAUCAAGUAUCCCAAGCCCGGUUCUACCAACCCCACAGUCAAGAUUUCUGUUAUCAACACAAACAACCCCAGCAGGGUCCUCAACCUGGAGCCUCCCGCGGACAUCAAGGCUCAAAGAGACUACUACUUCUCCUCAGUUGUGUGGGCUACAGACAACAAGGUGGCAGUCACCUGGCUCAACCGCAGACAGAACCUGUCCAUCAUCUGUAUAUGUAACGCUGUGACCGGGAGCUGUUCAGAGAACUACAGACAAACUAGCACUGCCUGGCUAAGACCUCACAUUAAGCCCAUGUUUGCUGCUGAUGGUAGUAAGUACUUCAUCCAGCUGCCGUACAGUCAGGGGAACAGGGGCAAGUUUCCUCACAUCGCUGUCAUCAGAGCUGAUUGGAAUGGAUACCCUUUUGUACAGUCUGAAGCAGGAGGAGUCAACAAAGUCCAGGAGUUCCUGACAAGUGGUCCAUGGGAAGUCACCAAAAUCCUGGCCUUCGAUCAGAUGACCAACACAGUUUACUUCCUGAGUACAGAGGUGCGUGCCCGCAGCAGACACCUGUACAGUGUGAGCAUGGGCAGUGCCCAGGACAGGACGUGUCUCAGCUGUGGGCUCUAUCCAAACUGCACCUUCUACGACGCCACCUUCAGCAAGAAUCAGAAGUGGUACACCUUGCACUGCUUGGGUCCAGCUGUUCCGAGAGUAACUCUGCACAGCACUACGGAUGAGAUUGGCAGGAAAGUUGUUACACUAGAGAGUAAUGGUGUUUUGAGGAAGCGGGUCUCUGCCACCCAGUGGCCAACAUAUAGAUAUCGGGAUUACACCAUUGAUGGGAACACCUACUGGGCGGAGAUGAUCCUUCCUCCUGACUUUAGUGAAGACUCCAAGUAUCCAGUUCUGUUAGACGUGUAUGGAGGCCCCGGCACUCAAAAAGUCCAGGAGACUUACAGAGCCAACUGGGCCACCUAUCUCGCCAGCACGGAGGGAGUUAUUGUGGUCAGCUUUGAUGGGCGUGGCUCUGGUUACCAAGGCGACAAGGUUCUGUAUGAACUGCACGAGAAGUUUGGAACAGUGGAGGUCAGAGAUCAAAUCUUUGUAGCCAAGGAACUUGCAAAGAUAGAUUAUAUUGAUGAAACAAGAAUCGGGAUCUGGGGAUGGUCAUAUGGUGGCUAUGUGACAACAAUGGUGGCUGGAGAGGGCGAUGGUGUGUUCAAGUGUGCGGCAGCUGUAGCGCCUGUCGUGGACUGGAGGCUUUACGACUCGGUGUACGCUGAACGGUACAUGGGAGACCCACAUCACCCCAAAAACUCCAGGGCUUAUGAUGCUGCCAAUGCGUAUUCCGGCCAUAGGAUCAAGGAAUUCAGCAAACUGGAGGGGAACUUUCUGGUCAUCCAUGGCACUGCUGAUGACAACGUCCACUUCCAGAACACAGCCCUUCUGAACAAAGCCUUAGUGGAGAAUGACAUAGACUAUAGAGUACAGUUCUACACUGACCGAGCGCACAACCUACAAGGACAGAAGACUAAGAGGCAUCUUUACAGACUCCUCAGUAGCUAUUUUCGUGUUUGCUUCGAGGAGCCAAAGAAAGAAGGUGACGAUGAAUAAGGAGCAUACCAAUCUCAAAUCUAGAGGAGUCGAGGUAAAAGGUGAUCUCUUAAUCAACUGAAAAAAAUUAACGACUGUGACAAACGAGAGAGGUGAUAGAAGUUUGGCAUCGACUAAGAACGGGAGGCAACAUGCUUGGAAAGGGUAAAGGUCAAAGUUGAAGUGUGACGAAGACCCGACAAGAAGAAAUUGGUAUAUUCCCUGCGGCUUUGUUUCUCAAGGACACGCGAAGGUCAACACUUUAGGGCGGCACUUGAGCAUGAUGUUGGUUGGACGACCUUUGUUACAUUUGGGACAAUAGCAGAGAUUGCACUCCACUCAACGUACUAAUAAGUAUAACUUAUAGACAAAAUUAUCAUAGAUAACAUGUAUUAUCAACAUGGAUGUAAGGGGUUUUCGACAAGUUAUAGUCAAACUUUCUGUAUCAAGAGCAAAUCUGGUGACUUGUUAAGCAAGGCAUAAUGAAGCAGUGAAAAUGAAAAGUUGCAUAUCAAGUCUUUCUAUGAUGUAAUUGUGAUCAUAUAUCAUUCGUUGACACUUGUAUAAUGUACAUACUAGGAAAAUGUGUGGGAUUAAGUUUGAUCAAAUUGAUAUGUGUGUUAUGGACUAAGAUCUUGGAUUUCUGCUAUUUUUAUUCUUGGGUUGCAAGUAUUGGAUUAGUACUGAUUUCUAAUAUUUUUAAUUCAGCAAUAUAGCUGAGCAAAGAGAUAUUAUAAAAAUAUAAGAUUCAAGAAGGUAUACAAUAUGUAGGGUAUAUACAACAACAGUCUGUAACUGUUACUAUUAAUUUUAAAGUGAAAAUGUAAAUAAUACCAAUUAUUAUUUGGUAAAGCAUGACAUAGAAAUGUACCCCUGAUCCAAUGGAAAACAUCAACAUUUCCCUGCAGAAAGUGGCAUGUAGACUUGAGCUUUUAACAACAUUUUUGUUAAAUGGUGGUAUUUCCCCUUCAUACUGUUCUCAAGUGGUAACAAUUAUAUGGAUGUGACGUCUGCAGAGGAUUUAGCCUUUCCUACCACAUAGUGUGCACCUAUGUAUGGAAAAGUUCCAAUUUUUCCUAUGAAAAAAAUUGCAACUUGGAAUAUUAUAUGAGAUAUAUCAAGAACAGAAAAUCAUGAUACGUAAGCACAAAAUAUAUAUAUUAUGGAACAAUAUAACUUACACGGGACUGUGCAAUACAUAAGAUUGACAAAAGCAUGAUUCAGAUGUACAUGUACAUAGUGCUAUUGAUAUAAAACACCCUAUACCGAGUAUUUCCUUAUUCUAAUCACUGGAAAAGGGAUAGAAACAAUGUUUUGAGUCAUUUAGUUCUUUUUACUUCCACAAAUAUAAUAAUUAUUGUAGCGUUUGGUAUUGUAACUUUGACAUUCUUUCCGUGUCCUUUCAUGGGUAAAAUUCAAAUAUUGUACGACUUAGAUAUACAGUCACGUAAAAAAGGUCAAUUAUACAUACUACUACUACUAUGAAUUCUGCCUUUUAAAGUGUUUUCAUUCUACAGGUAGUGUCAUUCUAAAUUGAGUAAGAUUUAAAGAAAACCUGUCAGAGUCCAUUCCAAGUCAAUGAGAGGGCUGUCGUUGUCAUCAAUUAAAAUGUUUUCAAGUCUUUGUAACUGUUGGUAACAUUUUAAAUGGAUCAUAGGGCUGUGAAAAUCAAGGAAUUCUCACAAGGUGUGCUGAAAUACGGCUGGAUGCCUCAGUACAAAGGGCAGACAGUAGGGUCGUCUUAGCACCAACGUUUAUGCAGGCAAUAAUCUACUAUUUAGAAAACGGUGCAAAUUUCUGUCAAUUUCUUAAAGUGAAUUCAAAGAAUCACAUAGAUGUUUGAAAAGUAUUAUAAAUGAAGCAAUUUUUGGACAGUCGUUUUCAAAAUUAUCUGAAUGAAUACAAAUAGAUUAAAAUUUCACAUUCUUUUUUAUAACUACUUUUACUUAGAUGUUCUCUUAUUGAAAAUAAUUCAAAACUAUUAUAUUACAAAUAUUAUUGAAAAUGCCUCUUAGUGACUUGGGAUGGACCCUACGUAUUUAUAAUAUGAAUUCAAGCACAGUGCACCCAUGCUAAAGUACUGUGUACCGCUUGUCAGUAUACAACGCUGGUCCUAUGGAUCAUUAAGAAUUUCCUAUAUAGCUAUUGCUGUACAAUAGUCCACGUUUUGUACAUAGACGGUUUCUACACGAUUGUGUAAGUGUUCAUUGUUUGCCCUGUUUGCAUGUUUGUGAAAUCAGAAAAAAUAAAGCAUAUGCUGUACUUA